AACUGGAAAAAAGUGUAAACUGGAAAAAUAAUGGAUGUAGUGGAAAAAAACAUGUGCAUUCUCCCUGUUGAAUGAGGUGUUUAGUGAUACAGGUUGACAUUUAGCUGUCCUCUGCAGGAACGCUUCCAAACGGGGAUUCCCAGCAGAACAGCGAUCAUCUGAAGUCUAGCAGAGACGCAUCCCCUUCGGCCGACAGUGUGGAGGACAUGGCCUCGCCGGGUGAUCGCACCCCAAACAGCACCGGCACGCCCUCUCCAUCGCUGGGGGACUCCCGCUCGUCUCGGCCGCCCCGGCCCUCCCGCCCGCCUCCCCCGAAGCCCCACAGACCGGCGUCCUCCCCAGCGUCCCUGACAGCCUCCACCGGCUCGUCCGCGUCCGGCGACGUUACCAGCGCCGAAGCCCUGGCACGCGUCUCUGCCCCGGCGGCUCCGGAAGCCAGCGGCAGCACUGCCGUCGUCCAGGAGCCUGGCCCUGCGGUAGCGCGGCAGGUGGGCAACAUUGCCCCGUCCGCUUCCAGGAUCAACCCCAUCAGCACAUGCCCACUCCCCCCCGGAUGGGAGCAGAGAGUCGACCAAAACGGCAGAGUGUAUUUUGUGGAUCACAUUGAAAAGCGGACGACGUGGGACAGGCCAGAACCCCUACCUACUGGCUGGGAAAGACGCGUGGACCCCAUGGGAAGGAUCUACUAUGUGGAUCACAUCACGCGGACCACCACCUGGCAGCGACCCACGGUGGAGUCGGUGCGCAACUACGAGGAGUGGCAGCUGCAGCGCAGCCAGCUGCAGGGCGCCAUGCAGCAGUUCAACCAGAGGUUCAUAUUCGGACUUCAAGAUCAAAUUCCCGCUUUGCAGAAUAAAGAGUUUGAUCCCCUUGGACCGCUGCCUCAUGGCUGGGAGAAAAGAACAGACACCAAUGGCAGAGUGUACUUUGUUCAUCACCCCACAAGAACAACUCAGUGGGAAGAUCCUCGCACCCAAGGGCUGCUGAACGAGAAGCCGCUGCCCGAAGGCUGGGAGAUGAGGUUCACCGUGGACGGCAUUCCUUACUUUGUCGACCACAACCGGAAAACCACCACCUACAUCGACCCCCGAACUGGCAAAUCCUCCCUUGAAAAUGGGCCCCAGAUCACCUAUGUGCGUGACUUUAAAGCCAAAGUCCAAUAUUUCCGAUUCUGGUGUCAGCAACUGUCCAUGCCUCAGCACAUAAAGAUCACUGUGUCCCGCAAAAGCCUGUUUGAAGAUUCAUUCCAACAGAUAAUGAGCUUCAAUUCACAAGAUCUUCGGCGACGGCUGUGGGUGAUUUUUCCUGGAGAGGAAGGUCUGGACUAUGGUGGUGUGGCCAGAGAGUGGUUCUUCCUACUAUCCCAUGAGGUGCUGAACCCCAUGUAUUGCCUGUUCGAGUACGCAGGGAAGGAAAACUACUGCCUGCAGAUCAACCCUGCCUCAUACAUCAAUCCAGACCACCUCAAGUACUUCAAGUUCAUUGGCCGGUUUAUCGCCAUGGCUUUAUUUCAUGGGAAAUUUAUCGACACAGGCUUCUCAUUGCCUUUCUACAAGCGCAUUUUAAAUAAGCCUCUGGGUCUGAAGGAUCUGGAAUCCAUUGAUCCCGAGUUCUACAAUUCCCUUAUAUGGAUCAAGGAGAACAACAUUGAAGAGUGUGGCUUGGAAAUGUACUUUUCUGUGGAUAAAGAAAUCCUGGGUGAGGUGACCACACACGAACUGAAACCAGACGGCAGCAACAUAUUAGUCACAGAGGAAAACAAAGAAGAAUACAUCAGGCUUGUGGCUGAGUGGAGGUUGUCCAGGGGAGUUGAAGAGCAAACACAGGCCUUCUUUGAGGGCUUCAAUGAAGUGCUUCCACAGCAAUACCUGCAGUAUUUUGAUGCAAAGGAAUUGGAGGUGAUGCUUUGCGGGAUGCAGGAGAUCGACCUGGUGGACUGGCAGAGGAACACAAUUUAUCGGCAUUACGCUCGGAGCAGCAAGCAGAUCCUGUGGUUCUGGCAGUUCAUUAAAGAAAUCGAUAACGAAAAGCGGAUGCGGCUGUUGCAGUUUGUGACGGGUACCUGCCGCCUGCCGGUCGGGGGAUUUGCCGAUCUGAUGGGGAGUAAUGGCCCACAAAAGUUCUGCAUUGAGAAAGUUGGGAAAGAGAACUGGCUCCCAAGAAGCCACACUUGUUUUAACCGUCUGGAUCUACCGCCCUACAAAAGCUACGAGCAGCUCAAAGAGAAGUUACUGUUUGCAAUCGAAGAAACCGAAGGCUUUGGACAGGAGUAACCAAGACAAGUAAACCAAGUUACUCUGCUGGCUGAUCUUUAAGGAUCUUUACAGCAUUUUGUCUUAUACCUGAGCCCUUGGUCCUUGGCAACAGUGUGUUACCAAUGAUUCUGUGGAAUUGUGGGUCUUGCUGUGAGAUUAGCCUCUUCUCCCGCCUGGGGGUUUGUUCAGAAGCUCAGAAAGUAUCCCCCACCCCCCCCACCCUCCUUUCCCUGGUUAUAUAGCAGAAGCCCGCAUGGAAGGGGCAUGCAGAUCCUCAGGAGCCUGCGGAUAAGCUAAUGCUGGGGCACUGCUUCCCGCAUCCCUGUGUGCCGUAGACCACCGGUUCUCAGUACCUUAAUCUGCCUGACAGGUGGCUACUUUCUUUCAUUUCUGUAAGUUCGGAGUGAGCAUGAAAAACACGCCACUUUCAGUAAGAUACUUAAUCAGAUCUUCUUCCCUGCUGGAGAGGAAGCUCACUGCAGUCCCUUUCCCAUGGCUGCCAUCAUUCCACUUAGAAAAUCGGAAUCCUCAGCCGGUUCAGUCAGUGUGGGUGGGGGUGGCCUCAGGGCUCCUUAGACUUAGACUAAGUUAUUUUCACACUGGGGAGUCAAUUGAUCUCAACAUUGUGCACAAUAUUGAAUUUAAUGUUGAAAGCUUGAGAACUAUGCACUAUAAACUCCACUGUUCUAUCUGUGUCUUCAGCCACGUUGUUCUGAAGUCAUUGCUUUGAAUGUGAAGUGAUAUUUAUAAAAAAAAAAAAAAAUUGUGCCCUGCUGCCUCAACUUGUGCGUCUGUGUCCUCUAUCUGUAUAACAAUUAAUCAAAAGCUUUAAUUUCUGCCCAAGGUUACAGUGUAUACAUGGUAUUUUUCUAUUUCGGACAGUGCCUACAAAACUGUCAUUUCUAAUAAGGAUGUUAAAUGUCGAAUCACCUAAGCAUUUUAAGCAUAGCUGUCGUUUGACGUUAGUUUUCUGCAGUGAUGUUUUAAUUUUUUCCCCCUUAAUGUGCUUAGUUUUAUCUAUAAACUAAAUUACACAUCUGACUGAAGCCGUCCAAAUACCAGUUACAUUGGAACUGUGUUGGAAGUGUGUCAUCCACCUAAAGGUUUCUUUUAAUUAUUAAAAAAAGUCAAGUGAUAAAUAGAGCGGAAUAAGAGGCCUCCAUUAGCUCAAAAUGAUGUGGCGAUAAUUUUGUCCCUGACAUAUACUGUGUACACAGAUUAAGGUUUAUUUAUAAUAUGACCAUUAAAAAAACUUACUGCCGAGUACUGCAGUGGCAUCCUGUCAAGUAAUCAAGGUAGUAAAAACUGCCACGGCACUAGAAAAAUCACUAGACUUCCAAAUACAUUUAUAUAUUUGUGGUAGUCAAAAUGACAACAGGGUCACUCCAACUGCUUCAGAACAUUUUAACUGGAUUUGCUGAACGUGUACCUUAAAGCCUCUGUAAGCUGCUCAGCUAGAUGUCUUGUCUUGGGAAUGCACCUACAUUGAGGCAAUGCUUUCACAGUGUAACCGGCCGUGAGUAAUGUCAUACAGGCCAUGGUGCAGCAGAUUUGUAUUUAUAAAGCAUGUGUGUAGCAUCAGCAAAUGAAAUGCUAACUUCCCUAGUUUUAUAGGGCCUGUCAAACAUUUGUUAAAUUCUGCAAGGAAACAGUUGGGAAUACCAAUGACUUCUGUCAGGAUUAGUGCUUUGGAAUGCCGUGGCUCCAGUCCUGGAUAAAUUUCAUUUUAAAGGGGCACUGAGGUUUUUAUUUUUUAUUGUUUGUUUUGUUUGUUUGUUUGUUUGAAUUCAUUCCAUCUGUUCCAUGAAUGAAAGUCAUGAUACCUGUAAGGCAACAGGGAGCCUGUGGUUGAGUGAUUAUGGAGGUAACGGGGGGCUUUGGGAGGAUUGGCAAAGUGAGCGCCAAAAAGGAUGAGGUUACACUGUGGCUGCUCACGAAAGAGAAAUGCAGGUGACAGACUGAUGUGCUCGCUGACACGUGCAGACCUCGUGUCGGUGGAUGGCAUGUGAUUUUAGGUUCAUUAUUGCGUUCGCGGGCAAAAAUAUGCAUUUACUGAAUCAUCCUUUAGACUCUUAGUUAUAAGUGGUCUAUAGUGUGCUAUGCAUAGUGAUGUUUUUGGACAUGUCAGAUAAGGGUGGAAAUCCCAGCUUCGCUCUUUGAUAUCGAAUGUGGGUUUAUGUGGCUGCUUGUUGUAAUCGAUCUUCAGAAGUUGUAAAAAUGAGUUAACGACACCUGAGGUUCUUGUCUGCCCCCUGCAUUUAUCCAGAGUGGCAUGUUGCCCUGGCAUCACUAGGGUUGUCAGUAGCUUUUUGGUAGUGGAUAUAACAAGGGAAAUAAUUGAGAUGUAAAGCCUCAAGUUCCGCAAAAAUGUUCUCCACAGUGGGGAAAAUGUUUGUCAUAGAAAGCGUAUUUUUAUACAUUUCACUUUAUGUUUAUAACCCACUUAAAGAUAAGGGGUUUUUGCUUAAAUCGCUGAUAUUUUCCCUAAUUGCAGAAAGAAACCAUUCUCCUCCCCUUCUGUUCAUGGUCCAGAUACAAUUAUCAGACAUUCUUGUACAAAUGAAACAUUUUAACAAAUCUGAGUAAAAUGUGGCAGAUCCCCUGGAAUAAAAAUGUACAUGUAGAUAGGAAAUUUCCUAACCUCAAAUAAAAUGGAUUAUUGGUCUCUUCAAAGAUGCUUUUAUUUUAAAAAAUGGUACCGCAUCAAGUUCACCUCUGUAUUGUAUAGAUGCUGUAAAUAAUGUUAAUACUGAAUGAACUGUAAUUUCUUCCUGUAAAAUAUCUUUUAGUAAAUGGAGGUUUGAUGGUUUAAAUGCUAUUUAAUUUUCUGUACAUGAAGAGAACUGAGUGUCAAAUGCUUAAAUCUGUUUAGAAAUGUGAGAAAUAAAGAUAUGAUGUAUGAA